ACGCCCUCGACCGACGUGCGCUCCCUCGAGCUCUCUCAUCUGCUCCUUUUCUUCCUUUAUUUUCAUUCACUCGCGCGCGUGCUCGCGGCAGAAGAGGAGGCAGCCGAGAUAAAGCAGUCGCCCGGGAUACGGAUAACGCGCCGCAGAUAAAUUGCCGCUGCUGAUUCUUUUUCGUGAGCUUUUUUGACAAAGCCGAAAAAUGGAAUCGUAAACCAUUUUCAUCACUCCUUGGGCAAACAAAAAUGCUGGACUUCAAAGUUGGCCGUGGAAGGGAAGUGGUCCUCGUCUUCGUGGCCCUUCAGUUCCUCAUCACAUCUGAAACCGCGACUGUUGGAGAGCGUCCGUUGAACCUGAGGUGUUCAAAGUGUCCACCUGGCUUUGGGGUCGUGCAAUCCUGCACCCCCGAGGGCGACACCGUUUGCGCCGAAUGCGCCCCGGGCACCUACUCGUCGCACAAUUCGGCCACCGAGUCGUGCUUCGUGUGUUCGAGGUGCGGCCCCAGCCUUUACGAGGCGCAUCCGUGCACCUCGCGCGCGGACACCGUGUGUGACCGGUGUGCCACCAUCAAGGGGCCGCACAACCGCGACUUCUUCGCCAAACACUGCAACGACACGAUUUUCAUCAUGGAGCAACCACCGCCGUCCUCGGCCAGGAGGGAUGAAUUGUUCGUUCAGUACGAACACCACCCAGUUGCAGAUCAUCAGGAGUUAAAAGUGCCGUCGUCGGAAGGGCCGCACUGGACGACAAUAGGCGCGGCGAGCGCGGCCGUUCUCGGCGUCGCGGUCCUUCUAGUCACCAUCACGCUCCGACUGAGAUCCUCGUACGCACGCAAACUUCAGGAGGAUCAUUUGGGUUUGGACCAAGAAAUGACCCUACUGAAAGAAAUAAGACCGCCCGAUGACUUCGACGAUGUUAUCUGCAUAGGACAGCAAGACAUGGCCCUUAUUUUGCACGAGGAAGAAAAACACGAAGAGUCCGACGCGAUCGGCUAAUGCAGAAAGAUCGCUCUGCUGCUUCGCCAUAAUUUUCGAGUGCUUGAACCAAAUUGCGGUGAUUUCAGAGACACUUGCUUUUUAAUUUUAACUUUUAUUUAACCAUUGUCGUACAAAUUGAAUGGGAAUCAAAUUGAAAGGAUUUUGAUUUGUAAAGAGGACGAACUAUCCUACCGAGAGAAGUAUUAAAAAUAGAGACUUAUGAAUGUAGCUAGGCUUUGUAAAGAAAAGAAGUGUUUUACGAGGAAUACAAGGCGCAUUUUGAGGAAGGACAGAAAAUGCCAAAAAUUGAGUCCAAUCUAAUCCACGUUGUAUAGAAAAAUGCCAAUUAUCGAAAUAUCGGGUCUUUAUUUGUUGUAAAGUCUUGAUCUCAUUUUAGAAUUUGCAAAUUGAUGUCAAUUGCUCAAGUUUGGAAAAUGCUGCUGGAUUUUUGAGACGACCACACCGGCUUUAGAAGGGAAAUGCUAAUGAUGAUUUUUGGCGCUGCGUUUUAGUUUUGACUUUAUAUGAAAAUAUGUGUUCGUUUUAUCAUUCAAGUCGAUUUCACCACUUCGUGUUCGACGGUCCAAAAUUUCAUUUUUUUCUUUUUUAACUUUUAUCAAGUGCCUUACGAGAAAUCAACCUUGUAUUAUGAACAUUGAAUUCAAAAUCUAGACUGACUGCGUACUUUAUGAAACCAAAAAACGAUUUUGAAGGUGUAGAACUUAACUCUUAAAUUAUAUUGAUGUAGAUUUAUGUAAAACAUAGCACUUUUAACAUGUAGAUUGUCGCCAAGUGACGGAAACUAUUAAUUUAGACAAACAAAAAUUUGUAUAAAAUGUUUCAAAUUUUGUGAUUCAAAAUUUUUGAUGUACACAUGGAAAUAAAAUAUAAAAAUCCUGAU